AGAUGAUUCUCCAUCCCUUUUUCAUCGAUCAUCUCUUCUUUUCUUCAAAACCAUUCAUUAAACUCUAUUCUUCGUAGCAAAAACUUUCCAAGGUUUCAACAAUGGAGAAUCCUAGAGUUACCGAGAUUCGGGUGAGAUUGGAUUGCAACGGGUGCGUGCAAAAGAUCAAGAAAUCCUUACACGGCGUAGCCGGUAUAUCCGAUCUCUACAUCGAUCUCCCUCAACAAAAGGUGACGGUAGUCGGAUGGGCCGAUCCAUCCGAUAUCGUCAAGGCGAUCAAGAAAACUAGAAAAACGGCGGUUAUAUGUUUGCAUACUGAGCCAUCCGACGAGGCAACUCAAUCAAAGUUAGAACCAGAGCCAGAAUCAGAAACAGAACCAAAACCAGAGCCAGAGCCAGAGUCCGCCGACGAACAUCAACAAAACAACACACAAGUGCCGUCACAAGAAAACGAACAAAAUCACGAAGCCCCGUCGCAGGCGGACGAUACCGCGGUGCCCGAGCCUAACGACGAGACGAGCCAAGCUAAACCUCGAAAAAGCCUCGAACAAAUUCACGUCGUGUACCACCACCCUCCCGACUACGCCUACGAUCAAUACUUCCAUCGAGGGAACACCGCGCAACGGAACAGCCCGCAAACCCGAGUCGAGCCGCCGCAACCACCUCGACCAAUUCAAGUCACCCAUAGCUACAAUGCAUACAAGCCAUCGCCGUACGUAACCGAGUACGCAUAUCCCCAUCGACCGCCACCACUGCCACCACCGUCGCCGCCGCCACCUUACUCACAUUACUACAACCCGUCGGAGUACCAAAACCACACUUAUUAUAGCAGCGCAGGAAUGCCACUGCAACCACCUCAGCCGAUACAUUAUUACAGCAGACAAGAAAUCCGAGGAGAGCCGUCAUAUACACCAACCGAAUACGCAUACCCUCAGUCGCCGCGAGGAUAUUCGCAUUACAAUAUGGUCGAAAAUUACAGCCCGCCGCUUUACUACAGCGGAAACAACGGCGGCGGCGGCGGUGGCAAUAUCACGUCGAUGUUCAGUGAGGAGAAUCCUAACGCUUGCAGAAUUGUCUAA